AUGUCGAAAGAUCAACCCUCCCAAAUCUCUCUUGAAGUCCAUGAUCAAGAGGCACAGAUUACUCAUGUGCCCAUAGAUACACACAUUGUCGACUUUGAUGGACCAGAUGACCCCGAGAACCCUACAAAUUGGCCCCGCUGGAAGAAGGUUGUCACGGUGGUCAUUGUGUGUGCGCUGCGACUAGUACCUCCACUCGGAACCUCGAUGAUGGCACCUGCAAGCAAGAAUAUACAACAUGACCUGCGAUUCCAAAGCGAAGAAGCUGCUUCAUUUGUUGUAUCAGCUUACGUCAUUGGCUUUGGCAUCGGCCCCAUGUUCUUGGCUCCUCUGUCAGAAAUCUAUGGCCGCAACAAAAUCUACAAGAUCGGGAGCUUUGUUUUCACGGCCUUUACCGUCGGCUGCGCUCUUUCUCAAAACCUAGCCACCCUCGUGGCAUGCCGUUUUCUGGCCGGUCUCGUUGGUGGUGCGCCCACCACGAACGCUGGCGGAACCAUUGCAGAUAUGAUUCCCAUAGGGCGCCGUGGUGCCAUCCUCAGCCUGUUUAGCGGAGUCGACGUUGUCGCUCCAGUACUGGGUCCCACGGCUGGAGGCUAUAUAGCCGUCGAACUAGGCUGGCGAUGGAUAUUCUGGUUAUUAAGUAUCUUGAAUGGCACAGUCUGUAUCGCAUGCAUUCUCUUGCUCCAGGAGACCUACCACCCUGUCAUCCUCGCCCGAAAAGUGAAUCGUCUCCGCAAGGUCACUGGCAACAAAGAACUGCGCGCCAAAGAACGCACCACCAAGCCUUUGAAAGAACUACUAGGCGGUGCCGUCCUACGCCCCAUCCGGGUGCUUAUGUUCAGUCCCAUCAUCCUCGCCCUUUCUCUAUAUAUGAGCUUUGUCUACGGACUCAUCUAUAUCCUUUUCACGACACUCUCCAUCGUUUUCCAGGGCAUGUACGGGUUCGACACUGGUGCUGCAGGCCUCACGUUCCUAGGUUUCGGGGUUGGAAUGGUGCUGGCCUUGUUGGUGGCGGGCUACUUUAAUGACUACAUCCACAACCAGCUGAGCAGGAAGCAUGGUGAAGAGAAACCGGAGUUUGUUCCGACCAUUGCCCCUCGUACAUACAUGCAUCUCUCUUUCGAUGCUGAUAGGUCACACCAGGUUCCGCCUCCCGUUCCUAAUAUAUGGUGCACUCGCUCUUCCUAUCGGGCUAUUUGUGUAUGGGUGGUCGGCGUAUUACCGCGUGCAUUGGAUCCUUCCCAUUAUUGGUACCAGCUUUGCUGGUGCCUCCAGGUUCCGACCCAAGCAUAUAUCAUUGAUGCUUUUCCUCGCCACUGCGCCAGCGCCCUGGCGGCCAACAACCUCCGUAGUAGUACUAGUGGCGGGACGCUCCCUCUCGCUGGACCGAGCUUGUACGAAAACUUGGGAUAUGGAUGGGGCAACUCGCUGCUAGCGUUCUUGUCUCUAAGUUUUGGUGUUCUACCGAUUGUGUUUUACAGACUCCGAGGACUCCUGGGACUAGUCUCUGGCGAUGAAAUUUUGUCUACGGUUUAG